AAAUCCUUCAGGAAUAAAUGAAGUGUUAAGGGAAGAGAAAAAGGACCGCAGAGUUGAUUGUGCCAGGGUUUAACUGUGAGCAGGUUACAGACAGUGAUAAAGGAUUCUGCAAGUUUUGUACUUCCCUUUUUUAAAAUACAUUGGUUUCUGCAGGAUGGUGGCCUAUAACAUCACUUAAAUCAUAGACCUACUUUUAAGUAUUCUUACAGUGGAGCCAAGCUGUUAUCUUCAAGUGAUUAUAAUUCUGCAUCAGCAAUUAUUUCUUUUAAGUAAUUAAAUGUAAUUGCCUGUGAUACAGCUGGCCAUUUCAGACACAGGAAGAGUGCCAGCCUCCGGGACGUCUGGCUAUGUUGUUGGUUUUACUCACUGAGGUGCUGUUACAGGCAUCACACAUCAUCGUGUGACCUUUGGUAUUUCGGGGGACCGGGUGUUCUUAAAAAGCAUCAUUUAUUUGGUGCAAGAACGUGACUGGCAAAUAGCUAACAUGAUAUCCAGCUUAUUGAAAUCAACCAAAUUAUUUGCUAGCUUCCAAGAAAAGUUUAGAAUUUUACCUCUUUUUUUCUUCUGUGCUGCACUUCACACAGACGUUGUCACUUCUGGUUUUGGUGCCUGUUGCAGUUGAGGGCAGAAGUGUAGCGUACUUAGCUACCCAGCAUGGCAGGACUAGUGACGGCUACUGCUCUCUAAUGUUUUGCAUUUGGGUGGGAAUUCUGUAAGGAUAAGUUACAGGUGCACAGAGAAAAAAAACCUCUCACCUCUCUCGCUGACCUUCCUGUCUUCUGGUCUCAAAUGUAAAUUGUGCUGAGAUGAGUACCAGGAUACGUCCCUUUGGAAUUAUUCUGGGCAAUUCAGAGAUGGCAAGUUGUUAUCGGAUGAUGUUACGCAUUAUGUUGUUCCUGACUGCAAGGUUGUUCAAGAUUACCUUGAGAUUCUCGAGUUUCCAGAGCUGAAAGGUAUUAUUUUCAUGCAAACAGCAUGUCAAGCUGUGCAACAUCAAAAAGGACGCAGACAGUACAACAAGUUGCGAAAUCUAGUAAAGGAUGCCCGUCACGACUGUACUAUGUUUGCUAAUGAAUUCCACCAGCAUUGUUAUUUGCCAAGAGAGAAGGGAGAAUCCAUGGAGAAAUGGCAGACCAGGAGUAUUUACAAUGCAGCGGUCUGGUAUUAUAAUCACUGCUUGGGUCAGAUGCCAGUUGUUAUGGUAACGGAAGAUGAAGAUGCUAUCAGGCAGUAUGGAAAUGAAACAGAAGGAGUGUUUGUGAUUUCCUUCAAGAAUUACUUGGAUAACUUUUGGCCUGACUUAAAGGCUGCCCAUGAGCUUUUUGACUCUAUACUUCAAGCUCAGCGUGAACGGGAGAGUGAAAGCCAAGAAAACAAUGGAAAAGAAUAUCCUGAGCACUUACCUGUGGAAAUACUGGAGGCUGGGAUCAAAUCUGGAAGAUACAUACAGGGUACACUGAAUGUCAAUAAGCACAGAGCCCAGCUGGAAGCUUUUGUUCGACUUGAAGGAUUUAGCAGCAAAGAAACAGAACUUCAAAGUGACAUCCUUAUAUAUGGGGCCAAAGCUCGAAAUCGUGCCAUCCACGGUGAUGUGGUAGCUGUUGAGUUACUCCCUUCGCAUGAAUGGAAAGGAAGGACUGUUGCCCUCUGUGAAAAUGAGACUGAGGAUAAAGCACCUGCAGAAACCACGGGUGACCCUAUGCCCACAGGUAAAGUUGUUGGAAUCAUGCAAAAGAACUGGAGGGAUUACGUGGUCACUUUCCCCUCUAAAGAAGAGAGCCAGUCCCAGGGCAGAAAUGCUCAGAAAGUUCUUGUUACACCUUGGGAUUACCGAAUUCCAAAAAUCCGGAUCAGUACACAGCAAGCUGAAGCAUUACAGGAGUACAGAGUUGUUGUGCGCAUUGACUCUUGGGAAUCGACUUCUGUGUACCCAAACGGACACUUUGUGAGAGUGCUAGGAAGAAUCGGAGAUCUUGAGGGGGAAAUUGCAGCGAUUCUGGUGGAGAACAGCAUCUGCGUUGCCCCUUUCUCAGAAAUCCAGAUGAGUGUAAUGCCCCACAGUUCUUCAAAGAAUCCAUGGAAGGUGGAUCCAGAGGAGGAAAAAAAACGCCUUGAUUUAAGAGAGACACACUUGAUAUUCAGCAUUGACCCAAAAGGCUGCGAGGAUGUGGAUGACGCACUCUCUGUUAGAACUCUGCCUAAUGGAAAUCUAGAGUUAGGUGUCCACAUUGCAGAUGUGACCCAUUUUGUUGCAGCAAAUUCUUACACGGAUGUUGAGGCCAGAGCAAGGGCAACAACUUAUUAUUUAGCGGAUCGUCGUUAUGACAUGCUGCCCUCCAUCCUGAGUGCUGAUAUAUGCUCUCUUCUGAGUGGAAUUGAUAGGUAUGCUGUGAGUGUCUUAUGGGAACUAGAAAAAGAAUCAUAUGAAAUGCUGCAAGUCUGCUACGAGAAAACCAUCAUUCGAUCAGCGUACAAGUUAUCAUAUGAAGCAGCGCAGGGGUUAUUAGAUGGAGACACAAGUGUUGUUGAAGAUAUCCUGGAACUGAAAGACUUGGAUGAAAGAAUGAGACAGAAGAAGCUGGAUGAACUGGUUUGGGCAAUAUCUAAACUCACUGAUAUAGCCCGAUGCCUUAGAGCUAAGCGGGACAGCUGUGGUGCUCUGGAGCUGGAAGGGGUAGAGAUCCGAGUGCAGCUGGAUGAUAAAAAUAAUAUCGAUGACCUCAUCCCCAGGCAGCCACUGGAGGUGCACGAGACGGUAGCAGAGUGUAUGAUCCUUGCCAACCACUGGGUGGCAAAAAAGAUCUCGGAAAGCUUUCCUCAUCAGGCUCUGUUACGUCAGCACCCUCCACCUCGACAGGAGUUUUUCACUGAACUUAGAGAAUGUGCUGGUGCCAAAGGGUUCUCCAUAGACACGCGGUCUAACAAAGCACUGGCUGAAUCCCUUGACAAAGCAAAUGACCCACUGGAUCCGAUUGUAAACAAACUGCUGCGAUCGAUGGCCACUCACGCCAUGUCCAAUGCAUUGUACUUCUCAACUGGCUCUUGUCCUGAGGAAGAGUUUCAUCAUUACGGACUUGCCUUGGAUAAGUAUACUCAUUUUACAUCUCCAAUUAGAAGAUACGCCGAUAUCGUUGUCCACAGACUCUUGAUGGCAGCGACUCUGAAGGAAAGCAAAGGAGAUGUUAAAGAUUAUGUAUUCACUAACAAGGACCUUCAGGAAUUGUGCAAACACAUUAAUAACAGAAACCGGGCAGCCCAGCGUGCUCAGAAGCAGUCUACUGAACUCUUCCAGUGUAUGUACUUCAGAGACAAAACCCCAGAAACAGACGAGCGCUGUGUAGCAGAUGGUGUUAUUUACUCAAUUCGAACAAAUGGGGUGCUUGUUUUUGUACCAAGAUACGGAAUCAAAGGUGCUGCAUAUAUGAAAAACAAAGAAGGCUUGGUCAUCUCUUGUCAGGGUGAUGGGAGCUGUGAGUGGAAGCCUGGAUCACUUCAUCGCUUUCAGAACAGAAUUACUUCCACUACCACCACUGGAGAAUCGGUUACAUUAAGCCUUUUUGAUCACAUUACAGUGCAAAUCCUCGUGCAGACUUCCCGCUGCCAUGCCGAUAUGAUCAAGCUUGAAAUAAUCAGGAACGCACCGUACCAAACUUCAGACACAGAGGUCUCCCAGAAGAAUUUUCAGGUGAUGAAAUCAGAGUUGGUAAACAAAGUCAGUCAGUCUGCAGAAGCAGCCCAGCACGCCCAAGAGAAAGCAAGAGUAGAAGUAAUUGAUGAGGACCUUCAGGAGUACUGCCAGACCAAGGGAGCAAGCCUGUACCAGCUGCUGGAGGAAAUCCGGCAUUUGGCUCUAUUGGAUGUUUCAGCUGACAUUAGAACUUGAACAGCCCAGCACCAUCUGCUUGGCGACGCUCUUCCUGUUCACCUCGUAUAAUUCAGGUGGUGGGUUUUUUUUAAAAAAAGGCUAAUUAUUUAAAUAGUCAAGAAUUGUUUUAACAAGAAUCUAAAUGUCUAUUUUAAAUAAGAAUUAUUUUUGUCUGACUAUGAACAUGU